AUUAAUGCACAAAGCCAGGAUCUUUGCCUCCCACCCCAGGCAAAUGACGCAGGGAGCCGUGUAGGAACAGCUUUCCACGUUGGGGUAAUUUUCUCUCUGUGUGUGAGAGAGAGAGUCCGGCUCGGCAAGGAAGUUGCAGCCGCAUGAGUGCGUUUUGGUCAUUCAGUCUAAAGAGACCAGGUGUCUGGACAUGAACACAGGCUGACAGACAAGCAUUAUUUGUGGGGAUGUGUGUGCUCUGUGAUUCUUGGUAAUACUAAUGUCCUGUCUUUUCCCCAGACUGGGUUAAUACGGAUGAAAUGCAAACAGCUAAAAAGCAAUUAGAAUCGUAGAGUUGGGAGGGACCCCAAGGGUCAUUUAGUCCAACCCCCUGCAAUGCAGGAAUCUCAACAUAUCUCAGUUUAUAUUAUUUGUACCCCGCCCAUCUGGCUGGGUUUCCCCUGCCACUCUGGGUGGCUUCCAACAAAAAUUAAAAAUACAUCAAAAUGACACACAUUAAAAACUUCCCUGAACAGGGCUACCUUCAGAUGUCUUCUAAAUGUCAGGUAGUUUUUUAUUUCCUUGACAUCUGAUGGGAGUGCGUUCCACAGGGCGGGCGCCACUACAGAGAAGGCCCUCUGCCUGGUUCCCUGUAGCUUUGCUUCUCGCUGUGAGGGAACAGCCAGAAGGCCCUCACUGGGCCGAGGCCCUUUACCUGAAGACUCUGCUCAGAGGAAGGAGAGUCCACCACCUCCAGAGAGACACCAGAAAGUUAUUCCAUAAUGUUUAGCCAGAAUCUUCCUUCUUGUAAACUCUAAUAGAAUUAAACUCUAACAGAAUUAAAGCAACUCUGUGGAAAUGCAGAUAAUGAAAACAGUGUGGUUUUUCUUUUAAAAGCUGUCAGUUCCCAAAGGCCUGUUGGAACAAGGCAGUCUGCGCCUGCCAGUGGAAGAACAAAGAGGGAGCCAGUCUAGUUUCUUGAGGGAAGGAGUUCCAAAGCCUGGGAGCAGCCACCGAGAAGGCUCUGUCCUGCAUCCCAGCGUGUCUGUGAGGGUGAUGGGCCUCCCCUCCCUGCAGAUUUCAGAGACUGGGCAGCUUUGAAUGGGAGAAUAUGGAAUAUCAUGCAGCCUGGGCCUGCCCUAUGCCUUCUAGCCUUGGAUUUCCUGUUAUGGAGAAAGGAGUUGGGCUAGAGGUUGUACAAGACCUAGUGUAUCUGAAGAAGUGUGCAUGCACACGAAAGCUCAUACCAAUAACUAACUUAGUUGGUCUCUAAGGUGAUACUUGGGACGCGGGUGGCGCUGUGGGUAAAACCUCAGUGCCUAGGACUUGCUGAUCGUAAGGUCGGCGGUUCGAAUCCCCGCGGCGGGGUGAGCUCCCAUCGUUCGGUCCCAGCUCCUGCCCACCUAGCAGUUCGAAAGCACCCCUAAGUGCAAAUAGAUAAAUAGGUACCACUUUAUAGUGGGAAGGUAAACGGUGUCUUCGGACAGCGCUGGUCCCCGGCCUCUUAAGUGAGAUGGGCGCACAACCCUAGAGUCGGACACGACUGGCCCGUACGGGCAGGGGUACCUUUACCUUUAAGGUGAUACUGGAAGGAUUUUCUUUAUUAUUUUAUUUUAUUUAUUUUGUUUUGUUAAGACUCACUUCCAGUUUGAUAAUGUGUGGUGUCUAUUCCUCUGGGGCAAGAGUUUCCAUAUCUCAGAAUAUAGGCUUUCUUUCUUUCUUUCUUUCUUUCUUUCUUUCUUUCUUUCUUUCUUUCUUUCUUUCUGCCCUGCAACCAGAUGUAUCCAAGGGGCGUGCACAAAAAAACAAGAACAAUAAAAUAAAUUGGUAGAGAAAGCUGUGACAGCUCAGUCAGUAGAGCAUGAGACACUUAAUCUCAGGGUCGUGGGUUCGAGAUGCACAUUGGACAAAAGAUUCAUUGCAAAAUGUUGGACUAAAUGACCCUCUUGGUCCCUUUCAACUCUACAAUUCUGUGAUUCAGUGAUUGGGGGGGGGGGGAAUAUGUGCAAGGGUUGCUCUUCCCCUAUGUCCCAGUCAGGAUGUUAAGAUCUGCAUAAGGGUUUUCCCCCCUGGGUAGAUGGGUGUACAUUCUUACAUAUGGCUAGUGAAGUUUUUUCCUGGCAUGAGAGAAAGUGAAGGGAGAGGGGACUUCACUUGCUUGAUGUUGCAGCCCUGUGCCCACUUACCUGGGAGUAAGCCCCAUUGAACUCGGUGGGACUUACUUCUGAGUAGAAAUACAUGGGAUUGCACUGUACAUCCUGCAUAUCUUAAAUAUUUCAAGAGGGGGCUAAUUUUAACAGGUGACAGCUCCUAACCUAUUGCAGGUACCAUUAAGCGGGCACCUCUAACUCCAUAAAGCCCUCUGUCGAGUCUCCCCAGUUUUUCAUCUGCCCCCCCCCCAAUGGCUUUCUUCUUACUCUCGCCCUUCUUUUUUAAAUUUUCUUUCAUGCUCCUGUGUAAAAGUAAAAAAUGGAAAUCUCCCACCCUGCUUAAAAUCUUGAUUUAUUUUAUUUUAUUUUAUUUAUUUUUUAGAACCUUGAAUUUGUAUCCUCUGCGCACACACACACACUGAGAGGGGGCUUUUCUCCAGGGGUCUGAACCCCCACCCCACCCCCAUCAACAACCUAUCCAUUAUGCUUGCGCUCUUUCGUUUCUCUUUCAUUUCUGUCACUUUACUUUAAGAAAUUUCUGCAGAACUGACCCAGCUUAUGGAAAAGCCUUCCGCCACCUGCUAGCACACAACCCCACCCUAGAAGGUCUAUAAAACUCAUCCCAUCCCACUUUUAGGUCUCUUCUAGAAGACCCUGACCUAGAAGAGAAGCCAACAGAAAACAGUAGUAGCUACAGAGGAAAAAAUCAGACUGAGGUGAGUGAGAUAUUAUUACCUGCUCCUUAUUUGAGAGCCUCUGAAAGGAGGUGCUGUUUUCUAACUUUGCCUAUUGUUGCUGAUACUGUGUUUCCGAUUAAUUGUUCCUUCUGCACGUUUCCCUAAGGAACCAAAAGACAAACUGGGAGCUUCUCUGCUUCCUUUAAACCGUUCUGAGUAUUGGGUUUCAAUUGUUGUGACCUGUGAAGGUGAUAAAAAAUAGUAGCUUAUAUUAAGGCUUUCUCCUCUGUGUUCUGUGUCCCGUGGCUGCUUCAUUCUGAAGGCACUGCGAUAUGGGGUUCCCACCCGCCUCUGUUCCUGCAUUCUUUGUUUUUAUCAAAAAGACCUUGACUUUUCUGCCUUAGGAAUGCAGGAAGUUAUUUUCCACUGAGUCGGAUUCCUGGUCCAUCUGCAGCUCAUUGUGGCCCAUGGUAGCAGCUCGUAUCCAGGAUUUCAGACAGGGCUCUCUACCUUAGUCCUACUUGGAGAUGCUGGGGGUUGAAACUGGCAUAUUCUGCAUGUGAAAAAAACCACAGAUGCCGUCCACUGAAUUAUGGCCCAUCCCUUUGAAACAGGGGAGGGUAACUUUUUUUGAAGGCUGGGGCAGUAUUAGCAGAAGGGGAAGCGAUAGUGAGGUACAUAUGGAGAAGGACACCCCUUUUCUGUUUCUCUCCUUACCCAUUCAUUAUUUGUUACACACGCCCAAAGCUCAUUCCCCCUGCAUGCUAAAUACCCCCAUAUACUCUCAUGCAAGUGUGCACCAUCUUCAUUCAUAAUUUCAUUCAUUCUCGUUCACCGUUUUCCAAACUGCCUCUUUAUUCAGCUUGCAAACGGAUUUGUUUGCACAACGUUUGUGGGGAGGUUUGAUAGCUGGCUUUCCGGAGCGUUUUCCUAUUGCUUUCCCUAUUGCAAAAAAAAAGUUCAGUUUUGAAAGGAAGCGGCUUGGUUGCACAAGAGCGCCAAAUGAGCUUCAGUUGCCAGUCAUCCAAGGUUGGUCUUAAAGGGCUAGCGACCUCCCACACGAGAAAGUGACUGCUCUCUGCUCCUCACUUGCCCCCUGCUCAGGUUGGGGGAGCAACACGGUCUGCUCAUCAGCAGAGAAGCACUGGUAGGGUAAAGUGAAUACUUCCCAUUCUGGUUCAAAGGGGCUCCUGUGCUUUUAGCAGCUUGGCCUCCAUAGCAGAAAUGCUUCCUGCAAUCCACAGAGUGGGAGGGUGUUGUUAUGCUUCGAUCCUGCUUGCAGAUUUUCCUUAGGCAUCUGGUUGGCUGUUUUGAGAAAAGGAUGCUGGAAUAGAUGAGCCAAAGGCCUGAUUGAGCAGGGCUCUUAAGUUAUUGGGAAACAUGCAAAGUGCUUGUUUCCAACAGACAAUGCCUUGCCCCCAACUCUAGUUAAAUGGGGAGCCUAGAUAAAAGGGGAAGACGUGUAUGGAUUGGCAUGUGCACUUUUAGGAACUGGAGCCCAGGGAACUCAUGGAAAGAGAUCUAUUGGCUUCUUAAAGAGCUUCUCUUGCCCAUUGUUUCUAAUAAACCCCACAAUAUUGUUGGAGAGAGAGGUUUGGGAGAUUCGGAAUUAGCACAAUGGUGAUUGCUCCAAGCACAUUAAAACUUGUUUAGAUUUUUAUCACCGUCACCCACCUUUAAACAAACGUUCCCCACAAAAAUACUAGGCUAGAAUAAAUCACAGACCCUCAACUUUGGAAAUAAGUGAAGAUUUUACUCAGAGUUCCACAAGUUACAGCAAAGAAGUAUCCACACAUUGGCAGUAAAAUAAAGAAGAAGGUUCCAAAUGACUUGGAAAGAACUUGGUUCCAUUACAAAACAAUCGUGCAGUCUUUGCGUUAACGAAGAUGCAGGCUGUAAAAAGAUUUUCUAGAGAGUUUUCAUUCACUUCAGCUUCACUGAAGAAGAGCAGAGAGCAAGAAACGUGGUUGCAGGGGAGAAAGGCUGCUGGGAGCCUGCUAAGCUACACCCACUGGCCUCUUGAGCUCAGGACUCAGGUUAACUUUUCCAGGAAUGCAAGUGAGAGUCAGUCAUUGUAUAUUACAACAAAUAUUUCUCAUUUGCCAGGUGGUUAUUUCACUUGCUCCUAAUCUGCAUGUAUAGCUCACUGGGAGCACUUCUUUCUCCAAAGGUUUAGCUGAAGAGGAGAGGUCAUUCCCCAUGUGCAUGGAAUCAUUCUCUUUAAGGAAGCUGCCUAUACAGAAUCAGCUGAGAGUUGUCUACACUGUCCGGCAGGUGCCUCUCUAGGGUUUUGGAUAGGAGGCAUUCCCAGCCCUAUCAGGAGAUGCUGGAGAUUCCUUCCUCUCCCAGGUUCCUUGAAGACUGAAGCUGACCGUCUUUUAAUACCUGUGCCUCUACCAAUUACCAAAUGGGGAGAAACCAAGGAGCUGAAACUUUCCCUUCCUUGAUCAGUGUUAGAGAAGGCUUCACCUGAUGGAUUUCUGUCUAUUGGGAAGCUCCACUAGGGGAAGAAGGUCAUGUCUGCAAUUUCCUCUUCUGUUCUCUGGUUCUUGAAUUGCAUGCAGAUUCUCUCUUCCUGUUUCCACCCCCAUUGUUCAGCCCGGACACUGUUGUCCAGCACCAAGGGCCUGCUGAUGGUUGGCUCACUGCAAGAAGUGAAGUUACAGGGAACCAGGCAAAGGGCCUUCUUGGUAGUAGCACCCGUCCCGUGGAACAUCCUCCCAUCAGAUGUCAAGGAGAUGAGUAACUAUAUAACCUUUAGAAGACAUCUGAAGGCAGUCCUGUACAGGGAAGUUUUUUUAAAAUGUUUUAUUACGUUUUUAUAUGCAACCGCAUCAGAUGGGGAGGGUACAAAUAAACGGUUGUUGCUGCUGUUAUUUAUUAAUUUUUCACAAAGGAAAAAAGGGAGGAAACUUUGCAAAUGUUAACAUAAACCAGGUUACUAUUUCAAUUGUUUUGUUCCGUGAGACCUCUGGGUAUAGAAUAGAAUAGAAUAGAAUUUAUUAUUUAUACCCUGCCCAUCUGCCUGGGUUUCCCCAGCCACUCUGGGCGGCUUCCAACAAAGUAUACAGUGGUCUGUUAAACAUUAAAAGCUUCCCUAAAGAGGGCUGCCUUCAGAUGUCUUCUAAAAGUCUGGUAGUUGUUUUUCUAUUUGACAUCUGGUGGGAGGGCGUUCCACAGGGCGGGCGCCACUACCGAGAAGGCCCUCUGCCUGGUUCCCUGUAACUUGGCUUCUCACAGUGAGGGAACCACCAGAAGGCCCUUGGCGCUGGACCUCAGUGUCCGGGCUGGAUGAUGGGGGGUGGAGACACUCCUUCAGGUAUACUGGACCGAGGCUGUAUAGGGCAGUAUAUAAAUUCAAAUAAUUCAAAUAAUAAUAAUAACAACAGACUUCCCAUCCUUCCCUAUAAUUUCAGGGAACAAUGGAGCCCCCUAGCAACGAAGCCAGAGGACAGCCCAGCAUCAAGGCAGAGACGGAGGCCGCCAUUCUUUCCAUAGCCCAGCCAGCCCAGAAGAGCUACCAGUGCCUGGAAUGUGGCAAGAGCUUCCGCCGAGGCCCGAGCCUCUUGACCCACCAGAGAAUCCACACGGGCGAGAGGCCCUUCCAGUGCCUGAGCUGCAAGAAGCGCUUCACUCAGCAGUCGAGCCUCACCAUUCACCUGAGAAUCCACACAGGGGAGACCCCUUACCACUGCCCUCAGUGCGGCAGGUGCUUCCGCCAGAGCUCGAACCUCCUCAAACACCAGCAGCUGCACGCCGGGCUGAGGCCCCACCUGUGCUCGGAGUGCGGGAAAUGCUUUGCCCAGCGCUCCAACCUCCUCAUUCACCAGAGAAUCCACACCGGCGAGAUGCCCUACCUGUGCUCCGAGUGCGGCCAAACCUUCAGGCAGCACCGCAGCCUGCUCAUCCACCAGCGGAGCCACCAGGCCGGCGGCGCGGCCUGGGGCUACGAGUGCCCCGAGUGCGGGAAGAGCUUCGCUCAGAGCUCCGACCUGGUGAAGCACCUGCGAGUCCACACCGGGGAGAUGCCCUACAGCUGCCUCCACUGCGGGAAGAACUUCCGGUACGUCUCGAAUCUCAACAGGCACCGGAGGACGCACACCGGGGAGAAGCCCCACGCCUGCCGCCAGUGCGGCGAGUGCUUCAGCCACCUGUCCAGCCGGAACACGCACGAGAGGACCCACACCGGCGAGAGGCCGUACGGCUGCGCCGAGUGCAGCAAGAAGUUCAUUUCCAGCUCCAAGCUGGCCAGGCACCGGAGGAUCCAUUCUAAGAAGCCGCCUUUCCUCUGCAAUGAGUGCAACAAAGGCUUCUUCCACCGUCCCGCCCUCAAGAGACAUCUGUACCUCCACAAACCAGGUGUUCCGAAAGGAAAGGGGAGUAACGGAACAAGGAGACUUUGCUAGGCUGAGCUGAAUGCCCCCAACCCAGGUAACUUGGUGUGUGUGUGUGUAUUUAUACCACAAGCAGGGCUUUUUUUCCAGUGGGAACUCACCGGAACUCAGUUCCGGCCCCUCUCAGGUGGGUGCCAUAAUAAUAAUAAUAGUAGUAAUAAUAAUAAUAAUUAAUAAAUUAUACCCUGCCCAUCUGGCUGGGUUUCCCCAGCCACUCUGGGCGGCUCCCAACAGAAUAUUAAAAACAUCAAACAUUAAAAACUUCCCUAAACAGGGCUGGCUUCUAAAAGUCAGGUGGUUGUUUAUUUCCUUGACAUCUGAUGGGAGGAUGUUCCACAGGGCGGGUGCCACCACUGAGAAGGCCCUGUAAUCUCACUUCUCGCAGUGAGGGAACCGCCAGAAAGCCCUCGGUGCUGAACGAUGGGGGGUGGAGAAGCUCCUUCAGGUAUACAGGCUGAGGUUGUUUAAAGGUCAACAUCAGCACCCUGAAUUCUGCUCAGAAACUUACUGGGAGCCAGCGUAGCUUAAUGCUUCCUUGAUAGAAAGGAUGUGAUCCAGAGCGUGGGUUUACAUCAGAUUUGCCCAAACUUCUUUUUCUCAUUUGUCACGUGUACCAGCCGGCUCUGCAUUAGCAAGAGCAAAAGCUACAGGAGCCUUGCCAUUGCUGGCAAUGUUGAGAAUAGUUGCUUGGAACCCCAGCUUUUUGUUCUACUUGACUUGGCAACUUUCCCACCUGAUUAUUAUCAAUCGGGCCCCAAACCCAUAAUCUGUAUUGCAGGUCACUGCCCAAAGUUGGUGUGGGGAAGUUCGCUAACAUGCAGAACUCUUAAAGGGGUAGGGCCAAUGACUGUUUUUCACCAUUAUAACUGAAUGGCUCUGUUGUUGUUGUUUAGUCGUUUAGUCGUGUCCAACUCUUCGUGACCCCAUGGACCAGAGCACGCCAGGCACUUUUGUCUUCCACUUUUUGAACCAGUCAGUUGUUCCAUAUCCAGUUCUAACUGUAGCUUCUUGUCCCACAUAGAGAUUUCUCAGCAGACAGAUGAGGUGAUCAGGCACUCCCAAUCCUUUAAGAACUUGCCAUAGUUUGCUGUGGUCGACACAGUCAAAGGCUUUUGCAUAGUCAAUGAAACAGAAGUAGAUGUCUUUCUGGAACUCUCUAGCUUUCUCCAUAAUCCAGCGCAUGUUUGCAAUUUGGUCUCUGGUUCCUCUGCCUCUUCUAAAUCCAGCUUGCACUUCUGGGAGUUCUCGGUCCACAUACUGCUUGAGCCUUCCUUGUAGAAUUUUAAGCAUAUGGCUCUUCCUCUAGUUUGAAGAGGUACCCAGUGUGGCACCCUGUUGAAAUGUUGUUGGGCUACAUCACCCCUGAUCACUGGCCACAGCCAAUUGGCCACAAUCAUUGGCCACAUCCGGGGUUGAUGGGAGUCGUAGUCCACAUUUCAGCACCAUGUUGGCUGCUCCUGCUCUGGUCUGUCCUUGGCAUCGGUACUGGGUUGGUUUUGUAAACAGAAGUUCCACCAUCUUCAUGGGCUGCUUGUGAAGUUCUGGAGGCAUCUAAGCUGCUGUUCCAAAAUGGAAUGCUCAGCUAGAAAAAUCCCGCUAUGCAAUUGUUGCUCUUCAUCUCUCAACAGAGUCACUGAAGAAUUGUCAGAGAGAGUCUUUGUGGAGACCCUGAAGUUGUUCUGGAUUCUGUGGGUCCUCAGAGUCCCACCUGCAGUUUCUUUCAGCGCUUGCUUGCUUGCAAAAUAAACGCACACCUGCCUCCUCCAGGUAGGAACUUGAUGAGUUAUAGAGGUCUAUUCAGAAUCCCUUUUUCAAGUUAAUUCUUGGCAUGUACUAUUGCUGAGGGUGAUUGGAUACAAAGGAGCUUCAAAGAGUUGGUGAAUCAAGAAUGGAAACUUAUCACGCAGGGCUGAGAAGCACCAUCUACUAAAAUUCGUUUCUCCUGCCCAACAGGCAAAAAUACAGAUGUUCACGCCUCCUUUAAUGCUGCUUGCCCUGUGGUUGUUUGAACUGACUUGGGCAAGUUGUAGUUGAAUAAAGGGGACUAUGGCAUGGCUAUAGUCACUUGGUCUCAAUGCCUCCCAUGUAAGUGGGAUGCAUUUUGGUGGCAUUAACUUUCUGGCAAUGUGUUUAGGAUGUGGAACACAUGUUUUCUACAACCUGUAUAAGGAAGACUAGCAAGAACAAAUUCUGGAGAGAGGUAAUAGGAUCUCGGUCUCUGUCUCACAGGCGCAAACACCCACUGCGGAC